AUGUUCUACAACCACGAUCUCCUUUUGAAGCGCAAGGGUGGUUUUGGUGUUGUUUGGCUCGCUGCGACUCUUGGGUCCAAGUCUUCACUGAAGAAGCUUCAAAAACGCGACAUUCUGUCGGUUGACAUCGGACGUACAUGCGAUGACCUUGUGAAUCCUUCCGAGCCCAUGGCCCUUCGUCUACAGUCCAACUUGAUGGUCGGUGUCACACGUGUCUUCGCGCAACAAUACGGGUUCUUCUAUGCGGACGUCACCGUCGCACAUGCCAAAGUCCGCCGUGAACUGGUGUCCCUCUCUACUGAAGCACGCGACAUCGACCUUCCUGUCACUGGGCAAAAACGCGCUCAGGAGUCCUUGACCCUCCCAGAUGACCCGACUUUCAAUCCCGACGUUCUCCUGCUUCAACCUCUUGGCGGAAUGGGCAACACCCUGCACGGUCUCCAAGGUCUGUUGUUAGACGGUCACGACAUUGGUGACGUGUCAGCUCUCAGUCUCCGCGGUACGCCAAGUGUCACGGGUUCUGCUCCCGGUCGCCGCCUAAGCCAAAACUCCCUCUUGGACGAAUCCUCAUUCUCAAACGGCGUAGGUCCGGACUUCGGCGGCCUCCUCUCAGGCAAUGUCGGUACUUCUGUCGGCGGCUACGACAUCGAUCUCAACAACGUGAACGCGCUCAACCUCGCCUUGGACCUCAAUGACGACAUGUUUGGUGUCGGUGCGGGUGGAGAGGACGCAUUCAUCGGUGACCUGGAUUUCGAGUUCGGUGCGGAUGGGGCUAUGCGUCCGACGCAGGAAGCUGCUGCUGCGAGUAGGAGGAGUAAGGCGGGGAGUGACUCUAAUGAUUCGUUGCUUGAAGAUGCGGUUAGGAAGGAGCAUGAUGAGGCCCGACGUAAGAGGCAGAAGUUGGCUACGGCGGGUAACGGCGAUGACUGGAUGGAUGCUAUUCAGGAGGAGGGCUUCGAUCUUGGGUAUGGACCGGAACAGCUUGGGAGUGCUGAGCCGUUCCCUAUGCGCAACUCUGACACUGCCGAAGUUGAAGCCGCAGCCGCUGAGGAUGGUGAGGCUGCUGCUGCUCCCGCCAGGAAGAAGCGAAAGCCUGCUUGUAUUGUCAUUGACAAGUCCACCGAGGUCAGCGUGAAGGAGAUGACCAGCUGGCGUGAGACCUACGUCGACAAGAUGAACAAACUCAACGACGCCCGUGUCGCUGCCAACAACAAGAAAGCUGCUGCCGAGGAUGCAAAGGGAUGGGUUUUUGGAUGGGCUGGCGAGGUUAUAAAUCCUCAACUAGCUGCGUUCUUUGCACACGACAAGAGUGAAGUCACCGCUGCUGUCGCAGGUGGGAAAGGAAAGGGAAAGAAGAGGAAGCGUGCCGGAGAGGACCCCGGUGAAGGAGAACUUGGCGAUGAGUACGGUCGCGGAGAUAAUGAUGCGCCUCAAGUCAUUCAGUUUGACGAAGACGCCGACGUCGAACUCGGUCGUAACGCCUCCCGUCUCCCCGAUGACGAUGCCCCGGGCUUCGAUCGUGCCUCAUUGCCCUGGAACCAACCUUUCGGGAACGACUCCCGUGCUGGCUCUUUGGGGCCUAACGCAUCUGCUGGGCCUGAAGGUUUCAACAUCUCCAGCUUCACCGCUUCUUUCAUUGGCAAUAGAACGCCGAGUGUUCAGGGUGGCGGAGGCCGUACGAGCAUCCGUGGUAGUGGGAUUCAUCGGUCCAUCCUCGGCGAUGUUCGUGAGAGCUUCGGUCCAGAUCUGACUUCUGCUUCCGUGAAUGAGGAUUUUGAUGUCUUUGGCGGCGCUGCUGAGAUUGAUACUCAGCAGGCUCAAUCUCAGGGAUGGCUACGCAAGACGUUGGAGAACGAGACGAAGAACUUCAUGUUAUAUGCACAUGGGAAGGUUCUGGAGAAGGCGGAGAUUGUCGGGAGCGAGGAUGGUGAGGGUGUUGUGUUGACCUUUGCGGAGUUGUGUCCUCCAAGGACGCAUAACAGGAUGGUCGCCGCCGAUGGGUUUGUGAAGCUCUUGCUUCUGGCCACGAAGAACAUCGUCCAUGUCAAGCAAGACAAGCCAUACGGCAAGAUCGAUUUCGAGUUCGUUCAAUUUGCCGAGCCUACGGAUGAUGAGACACCCGAACCUGAAGGAGAGCGUAUGCAAUCUGUUCAGGAAGAAGAUGAAGAAGAGCGGAGUUUAAGCCAUGAUAAUUUGGAUGGGAUCGCUGAAGAGGAUGAGGAGGAGGAGAUCGAGGAGUAG